AUGGAAGCUGUCGGCGCUGGUGCCAGCAUUCUCACCUUUAUCACCGUUGCUUUUUCAGUAACCCAAUCAAUCUAUUCCGCACUCUCUGCCAUCAAAGAUGGGCCUGAGGUCAUCCGUCUCCUCACAGAUGAGAUUUUCCAGCUCAAGAGCAUUCUACAACGGCUAAAUGAAGUAUCUUUUGUUUCUAUCAAUGACAUCGAUAAGUCUCAGGUGAACAGUUUAGCGAAGAAAUGCAAAGACGACUUGUCCACGCUUAACUCUCGGCUGAAAUCUCUCGAUGUGGCAGCUUCGGAGGGUCGAAGAGAUCGCCUCUGGAGAAAUUUGAAGCUUUCGUUCUCAGACCUUGACCAGAUCCGGCACGUCGUUCGAGGCCAUGUGCAGCAUCUUACAGUUCGGCUCAAUCUUAUUCAGGUGCAACAGGGGUCUUUUACAGCAACUCAGUCAACUCAAAUUCUUAAUCUUGUACAACAACUGAAACAAGACAUAUCCGCUUUACAAACAACCAAUACAGUUACCCUCACCGCCGAGGAUGAUUCAUCAUCCACUUCAGCAAGGGUCACGGAUGUGGACGAUGAAGAGAUGGACUGUUCACCGGAUACAUCAUUGGAUGAGAGUAUCAAUCGAUUGAUGCGACUACUGGAGAAAAAGCCUUGCGUGGUCGAUUCUGAUGAUUCAGAAGAGCUCCUGAAAGACAUUGAGCAUCUUCUGAAAGGUGUCCGAAAUCAUGCAAAGCCUGUCGAGUCAAAGGGGACCUGCCAGAAUUGUGACGCAGAUGUUUCAAAGGAAUUACAACUUAUGGCACACAUCAUCCUCUCUUCUACAUCUAUGAUGAUCAAUCAAACCGAAGCAACAAAAUUCUGGAGACCGGCGGGCGAACAGCUUCUAAUUUCGCAAGAACCGAAACGAAAAGCUUUCGAAACAGAUGAUGGAGUUAUCACAGUCACGACAACUAAGAGACGUCGCAAGGCAUCUCCUGAAGACAAAAAUGAAAACGCCAAAAAUGAAUCCAGAAGAGACUUCCUCGCAAAACUUACAUACUUGUCCAAAAGCACAAAGAAGAUGCUCAGCUUGUCAGUGAGUCAGCGACAGCUUGUAUUAAACAGUUUCACCAGCACUUUGCCUUCCGCUAUGGUAUGCAACAUCUUACCCGAAAACUCCCUAGUAUUUGUCACAGCCCAGAGCGGAUCAGUCCAAGAUCUCCUCAAACUGUUUGAGGGAGGGGAGGCCAGUAUUCAUGACCACGACACAUAUGGAUGGUCACUACUCCAUUAUUCAGUGGAAAAUCUUCCGGUUCUGAAAUUCCUGAUAGGGCAGGGAUUAGAUAUCGACGAAGUCGCAUCAUUUCCUGAUCAGGUCCACGUGACGUAUGGCACUUGCGAUUGCGGUAUCACGAGCUUUGAUUAA